UAGAAGGAAAAAUCGCCGCCGAGAAGUUGGUAUAAAAGCCACCGGGAGUUCCUGUUCUAAAUCAGUCAGGAUCGAUUCUUCAAUCGUUCAACAGGAGUAGCAGCAAAUUUUAGGAGAGCAAGAUGCGUGCCUUUAUGAUUUUGUCCGCUUGUCUGGCGGUAGCUUCCGCUCAGUUCCUCCAGUCCGGAAACAGCUUCUCGGGAGCUUCAGCCGGUAGCCGAGCAGUGUCCGUAGAUUACUCGCCGUCGGCCUUUGACCAGACCGUGAUUGGAGGAUCAUCGGGAUCGUUCGGUUCGGCCGGAUCUUCGUCUGGAUCGUUCGGUGGUGGCGUAGGAUUCGGUGGUGGAUCUUCUUUCGGACGUAGCGGUGCUGGUGCUAGCUCUUUCGGUGGUGCUGGAGCUGGAUCUUUCGGUGGUUCCGGAGCAAGCUCAUUCGGCGGUGCUGGAGCAGGAUCAUUCGGUGGUGCUGGAGCUGGAGCUAACUCAUUCAGCGGUGCCCGUUCUGGAUUUGGUGGUGCUGGAUCUGGUUUCGGAGGUGCUGGAGCUGGUGCUUUCGGUUCUGCUGGAGCUGGUGCUUUCGGAGGUGCUGGUUCUGGAUUCGGAGGUGGUUUCGGUGGUGCUGGUGCCUCUGCCAGGGCUUCCGCUGGUGCUGGAGUUCGUUAUGUCGUCAAGCCUGAAGUCGUCAAGAAGCACUUCUACUACCACGUUGCCCCUGAAUCCCAGGCCGAAGCUGAAGCCGAAGCUCGCGUUGAAAUCCAACCCCAGACCCACUACAAGGUUCUGUUCAUCAAGGCCCCAUCUGUGUCCGCCGCCGCCGCUGCCCGUGCCGCCGCUCGUACCCGCACCCAGGAGAAGACCAUCGUCUACGUUUUGGUCAACAAGCCAGAAGCCGGAGCCAAGUCCGCUGCCGAUGCCGCCGUCGAUACAUACGCCAGUGCCAAGCCAGAAGUCUACUUCAUCAAAUACCAGGGCAAGAACGCUGGAGCUGGAGCUGGUGCCUCUGCUGGAGCUGGUGCUGGUGCCUUCGGAGGUGCUUUCGGUGGAGCCUCGGCUGAUGCCUUCGGUGGAGCUUCUUCUGGAUUCGGUGGAGCUUCUGGAUUCGGUGGAGCUUCUGGAUUCGGUGGUGCUGGAGCCUCUGGAUUCGGCGGUGGUUUCGAUGCCUCUUCCUUCGGCGAUUCUGGAGUCACUACCUACAGCAGCGGAGCUUCCGGAUUCAGCGGUGCUGGAUCUUCUGGAUUCGGUGGUGCUGGAGCUUCUGGAUUCGGUGGUGCUGGAGCUUCUGGAUUCGGUGGAUCCAGCAGCUUUGGUGGUGCUGGUGCUUCUUCUUCUGCUUCGGCCGGAUCGAACUCGUUCAGCCGUUCCUUCAACGCUGGAACCGGAACCGUCUUCGGAAGCACCCCAACCUUCGUCAGCACCACUUCUUCGCCAAUCUUCUAAACGAUUGCCGGUGUUAGCCCAACCCCAAACAGACAAAAACCAAACGCAUCGAACUUGUGAUAAACGAGACCCGGCUGAACGGAUUGGAUUACGACGACUAGGAAGACUAGGAUUUAACUAAGAUAAAGUAGAUUUAUUUUCAGUUAGGAUAGUACGCCAAGCGAUGAAGAUUACUGUGUUCGUAACAAACUCCCAAGAAGUCAACUUUGUACCAUACGAAACCACGAUAAAUACAAUCAAGUGUUAAAAACUUUCAAA